GAAAGGGUAGGAGGGAAAUACUCACCAGUUGGUGGUGGUAAUGGUGGCAGUAGUAGUAGUGAGUAGUGGUAUUGUGGUGGCGGUGUGUUUCUCGUGUCGCCGAGAACGUCUGGUGGAAGUUAGCUAGGUAGCGUUUGUCCGUGAGCCGAUCGAGGAGGUUUGUACGUUCGUUUCGUACUUUCGUAUUUCGUUAGGAACAACGGGAACGACAGAAGCCAUCAUAAAGGGGCACAAGCACGCAUCUAGCAAGGAGUAAGAAUAAUUCGUGUAACGUUCUUUAACGUUAGAGGGACAAUAUCACGGUAAUAGAUAGAAUCUGGUAGGGCAUGAGAUAUUGGAUAAUACUUUUACGAUUAAUUUGGAAAGUGCGUAAGCCAAUUGUGGCUAAGUUAGUGGUGUUUUUAUAAAUAGUGCUUAUUUAGUGUGCGCGGCGUGCAAGUGCCGUUGACGUUUCGUGUGUCAGUGUCCUCUCUCUCUCUCUCUCUCUCUCUCUCUCUCUCUCUUUCUCUCUCUCUCUUUCUUUCAUUCGGCGUCUCUUUCUCUCUCUCUCUCUCUCUCUCUCUCUGUUUCUUUCUCUCUUUGUCUUUUUUACGGAAACUGUUCUAGUCUCUCCUCUUUGACGUCCAACGGAAAGAAGGGGGAUACAGCAACGGAAGGAAAAAAUAAAGGAUAGAAAGAGAGAGGAGAGAGAGAAAGAGAGAGAGAGAAAGACUGCAAGCUUCUCUCUCUCUCUCUCAUUGCCAUGCCAAAUGACAGGUGCGAGGCGCCCCUCGAAAGGUUAUUCCCAUUGUUGACCAUAGGCUACGUCGUUCCCGCGUUAUUCUUAUACGUCGCCGUAAUCGCAGAAUGACGAGAUUACGUCGGGCCUCAUCGUUUUUUCGGAAGUCAGGCGAAGAAGAGGAGAAAAAACAGCAACGACGACGACGACGACGAAGACCAGGAGGAGUACGGAUUCCCUCGCGCUAGCGACAGGCUAUGAGCGCUGACAAUGGGGACGACUCCUUGAUCGUUCCAUGAAUUUUAUCUGAGAAGAAGAUUCAAAGAAAAAUGUGUUAGUCAGAUUGGUGAUAAUACUUUAAACGUAUCGACGUGAUUAGAAAGAGAGUAUCUCUUUCUUUCUCUCUCUCCUACUCUCUCUUUCUCUUUUUUUCUUCCUUUUUCUCUCUCUCUCUCUCUCUUUCUCUCUCUCUUUCUCUCUCUCUCUCGAAAAAAAAAAAUAUUCUUUCGAGGGAGUGGAAGAAAGUAGUACUGAUUAGAGGAGAAAAUAAAGAGAUUAGAAGGGGAAGAAGGAGCGAAGAGGAAGAGGAGGAGUAGAAGGAGGGGAGGAAAAACGUUCGAGAGAUAUUAGGACGUGGAUGCUGUGGCCCGUGUUGGGGGAUGACGGGCUAAGCCCAACGUCGCCCCCGCCGGCGGCCAGUGUUAAGGGGGUCAACAAACUGGCACCCUUUCUUCUUUGCGCACCCUGCAAGCCGAGCCAAAGGAAGAACCAAAAUUCCACGCAGUGGUACGUGCAGCAGCCCACGUGGCGCUUAUGGGGCGAGGAAAGGGGCGAUGGCGUCAUAUACACUGUCUACUUGAAGAAAGUACGUUAUCACAGACCUACGAGAAGCCUUUCCGCAUCGGACUCGGACGACGAGAUCUCGCACUUAGAAUGGGAGACCGUAAGAGUACGAUUCUUAAAAGCGGGUACCGUUCAACGUCUCGUAGAGAGCUUAGCCAACGACGAUGGAGAACUCGAGUCGACCUACAUCAAUGUCUUCCUUGCGACAUAUCGUGCUUUUACCACACCGCGAGAAGUCCUCGAACUGCUUCUCGCCAGGUACGAUGCGCUCGACGAAAAUACAGGCGCCCUCACCGGUGAACAACAUCGUAAAACCCUUAUUCAGGCGCUUCAUGUUUGGCUCGACGCCUAUCCCGGUGAUUGGAAAACACCACCGAAUCAUCCACUACUCGCUAGACUUCUCGAUUUUGCUCAUAGACGCUUACCUGGCUCGGAACUCGAGCUUAAGGCUAGGCAUCGUUUGCAUAGAUUCCAACGCGAGGAUCAAAUUGAUUGCGUGGUGUACGACAAUGGCCGAGUUCAUGGCAGUUCGGAUUCGAACGGUGAUCAAUGGACGAGUUAUACGUUCCCUGAAGUUCCACAACGACAUUUCGCGGAGCAAUUGACUCGGAUGGAUGCCGAAGUCUUUAAAAAACUCGUGGCGCAUCAAUGUUUAGGCGCAGUUUGGUCUAGAAGAGAUCGUUCGAGGAAUCACGAGGCAGCUACGGUCUUGGCAACGGUCAAUCAAUUCAACGCAGUAUCAUUACGCGUAAUAUCGACCAUUUUGACAGAACCGACAAUGAAGUCGCAAGACCGUGCGAGAAUUCUCGAGGCCUGGAUUGACAUAGCGCAGGAAUUAAGAGUUCUCAAGAAUUUCAGUAGUUUGAAGGCUAUAGUUUCCGGUUUACAAAGUAAUCCAGUUUAUAGGCUCGAAAAAUGUUGGCAAUCAAUGCCAAGGGAAAAGCACGAAUUGUUUCGUGAACUCGAAAGAAUUUUCUCCGAGGAGAAUAACGCUUGGACGCAGCGAGAAUUGUUGAUUAAAGAAGGUACAGCUAAAUUCGCCGACACCGCCGGUAGAAGCGACAGACAUCUUCAGAAAUUAUUUCAAAAGCAAAAUACUCACGCUGGAAAUAUCAGUUACGGCACGAUACCGUACUUGGGCACGUUCCUGACAGAUCUCACGAUGAUCGACACCGCCAUCCCCGAUACGAUAGCGGACGGUCUGAUCAAUUUCGAUAAGAGACGAAAGGAGUUUGAGGUACUGGCAAGAAUAAGAUUGCUUCAAGGUGCAGCAAAUGCAUACAACUUUAGUACGGAUCCAUUGUUCGAUCGUUGGUUCCAUUCCGUGGUGGUGUUGGAUGAUCGAGAGGCUUAUAAAUUGAGCUGUCAAAUCGAACCACCACCACCUGGUAACACCUUAAAUAGUCGGGGCAAGAAGAAACAGAGUCAUCAGGGUCAUCGGAAGAAUGACUCGAUAGCCUCUACGUCGAGUUCUAGCAGUUCGCAAUUCUAUUGCGAUCUCGAUUCUUUACCUAGUUCGCCGCAUAACUCGUUGGAUCGUCGUACAUCGCCUUCGCAAAUGUCAAGCUCCUCUUCGAGUUCAUCUCUUCCUUCCUUGGAUGUGUCCUUGAGCUCGGGCGGAGGUGGCGGCGGAGCAGGGGUCGGUGCCGCCAAUCGUUUGGCCCCACCGACCGGGACUUCUUUUACAGGGAAUGGAAGUACUCCGAAUUUGGUUGGAUUGUCCAGUCCAAGUCAUUCGCACAAGAAUUCACCAGACUUUUACAUUAUUAAGGUUACCAUGGAAAGCGAGAACGUUGAAACGGAUGGUGUUGUGCUUUACAAAUCUAUCAUGUUAUCCAACAACGAGAGGACUCCCCAAGUAAUACGUAAUGCUAUGCUCAAACUAGGGAUCGAGGGUAGUCCCGAUCAAUAUACUCUCGCCCAAGUUUUACCCGAUCGAGAAAUGGUUCUACCCCAUUCGGCUAACGUUUAUUAUGCCGUUAAUACCGCACAUAAUCUUAAUUUCAUUCUACGACCUAAAAGGGACGUCAACGACUCUGCCACGGAAAGUCCGAAAAGUAAAAACAGUCACAAUCAUAAACGGUAGUGUUGGCUACACGAGGAUCUUAUCCUCGGUCUAUCCUCGAAACUGGCGACAUGAUCGUUUAUCGCGAUUCGAAUACGAUCACGAAGGAUAGGGGAAACAAAAGAUAAUUUAAAGAGAGAAAAUAUUCCUUUUCUUUUUUUUUUUUCUUUUUUUAAUUUAUUUUUCUUUUUUCUUUUCUAUUCCUCGAAUCAAUCAUUCGACACUCGCGAUACUCGUCGAUUACAUUAUUUCGAAGGAAAAUUUCGUUUGUAUCGAAUGAUCGACAUUGAAUCUCAUCGCGCUGCCAUUAGGUGUGUUUCGCUAAUUUACUUGUUUACUUUUUAUUUUUCUUUUCCCCUUGUUCUUUUUUUCUUUUGCUCUUUUUUUUUUGUUUUUGUUUUGUUUUUUUUCCCUUGUGAGAACCAUGACAGAGUCGUUACGUCGUCCAUUAUUUCGUAAAUAAUCGAUCGGAUUCGUAAAUCGUUAAUCGAUCGACACUGAUCGCGAUGAAUUUAAUUUAUAAGAUACGUCAUUUUUAUUCUUCUUCCAUUGAAACGUAACGACGGACUAAUUAAUUAAGUGUUAGCAAAAUAAAAUGAAAAAGAAAAAAAAAAAAAGAAAGAAUAGACACCGUUUAGCAUGGAUACAUAGGUUUUUAUCUAUCGUAUAGAGAUUGUUUAGCCGUGAAAGAAAUGUAGAUGAAGGAAGGUAUAAUAUUAUUGUACAAUGUAAUAUCGAACUCGAUACGUAUAUUUACAAACAUUUGCGUUAUACACGCUACACAUAUACAUGCACACUCAUUCUUACGCACACGCACACGCACACACACAUAUACAAAUACACACACACACACACACACACACACACACACACACACAUUUAUGUUUACCUAGCGGUUAUAUUGAGAUUAUAAGGAGAAACAAUUUAUUGGAAUUAAAGAAGAAGAAGAAAAAGAAGAAGAAGAAGAAGAAGAAGAAGAAGAGAAGGGUCCGCGUUGGAAAGAUAAAAGAUCAUUGUGAUCGUCGUGUAUAUAAAAAAAAAAAUCUUUUGGAGUUUCCGUGAAUCGAGUGUUAUUUGUAAAAGAUUGAAUCGUUCAAGUGGACCAAAUUAGAUCAUCCAUUUGAAAGAAAUCUAACGGGAGAAUAUAUAUUGUCAAUUAAUUAUUUUCAUUCAAACGAAACGAUAGAAAUAUGUAUCUCGGUUUAAUAAUUGAAAACCUUUCGAAGGGAGGACCAAAAUUUAUACAUUAGAGAUUUAGUCUCGUUCGAUUGAGUUAUUUGGAGAAAAAAGAAGAAAAGAGAAAAAAUAAAGGAAAAGAAAAAAGAAAAGAAGAAAACAAACAGCAAUAGAAAAAAGCAAUAGAAAAAAAAUGUAUAGGAAACAAACAAAAAAAAAGAAAGAAAGAAAGAAAGAAAGAAAUGGUCAAACGAAAUCUGUGAUAUCCUCCGAAUCGCUUAUUCUGGCCUCGAGAAAUAGAAGAUAGAUCAUCGACGAUCGGGUCCAGUUUCGAUGCGAAAUCAAUACAUUUUUUUACCUUCGUUCUCAUAUCACGAAUAAAUAAAUAAAUACAUAAUUAAGUAAAUAAAUAAAUAAUUAAAUAAAUAAAUAAAUAAAUAAAUAAAUGAACGAAUGAAUGAACAAUGGCAAAUUGGCAAGGUAUGAAUUAUUAUUAUCGUUUGAUUUUAUUUCAUUUGGAAAGAAUGUCGUUGAUAUAUUUUUGACAUGCAAUAUAUGUAAGAAAGUAGAGCACGCAAUAACAACGGGGAGAGUAAUGGAUAAAGGGGAAGAAAAAAGUAAAAGAAAGAAAAGAAAAAAGGAGAAAAGAGACGAUCCUUCGCAUAAUAUAACAAUAACAAUAAUCGAUCGAGCUUCGUUUUUGAUCUAAGUACGUGGGUGUUAUUCUUUUUUCCUAUUUUCUUUUCUAUAUGUUGUCUUUUUUUUUCUUCCUCUUUUCCUUUCUUCGUUUGUUUUUUUUUCUCUCUCUUUUUUGUGUUUGUUUUCCUUCAUUCUGUUUUUUCUCUCGUCCUUUUUUUUUCUUUUUCUUCUUUUUAAAUUAGUUUUAGGCAAUUUUGUACUUAUCUUCGACGAACUCACUCUCCCUUCGUUGGAUAUUAGCUAGUUAUUAAUUAUAAUAUUAUACGUGUAUGCAAGCUAUAUCCGUUAAUGAUGGAAGUCGCGUCGUGCAAAUUGGAUGUAUAAUGUGAAUCGAUAACGAAAACGAAAAUAGAUGGCCUAAACUUUU